AUGACCAAUAGGUCCUUAGUCAAUACUUAUCAUGCCAAAUUAUUUUCCUCAAAAAAUUUAUCUUGGAGGGCUACAUAUUACAACAUUUUUAAAAGCUUUUUAUCAAGUUUUUAAUAAAAAUUCAAAUUUUAUCAAAUAUUUUUUAAGACCCCCCAUACCUUCCCCCCCCCCAUCCCCUCCAAAUUUAAUCUGCUGACAAAGAAGUAAAAUUAAAUUGGUAACGAAGGUUUAUCAGACUUAGGAUUUAGUUUAGGAAAACACAUUAAUCUCUCAAAUUUGAUACUUGAUCUUAGGUGUAAUUAAAUUGGCGACUAGGGUUCAUCAGCCUUAGGGUCUGGUUUAGAAUAGUGCACUAAUCUCUCAAAUUUAACACUUGAUCUUUAGGAAAAUGAAAUUGGUGAUCAAGGUGCAUCAGACUUAAUUUCUGGUUUAGGAAAGUGCACUAAUCUCUAAAGUUUGACACUUGAUCUAUAGGAAAAUCAAAUUGUUUCAAUCGGCGCAUCAGGCUUAGGUUAGUGCACUAAUCUCUCAAAUUUGAUACUUCAACUAAGAGAAAAUUAAAUUGAUGCAAUUGGUUCGUUAGACUUAGGCUGUAGUUUAGGAAAGUGCACCAGUCUCUAAAAUUUGACACUUCAGCUAUUGCAAAAUUAAAUAGGUGCAAGUGGUGCAUCAGGCUUAGGUUCUGGUUUAGGAAAGUGUAAUAAUCUCUCAAAUUUGAAACUUCAACUUAAUGAAAAUUAAAUUGGUGCAACUGGUGCAUCAGGUUUAUGUUCUGGUUUAGGAAAGUGUACUUAUCUCUCAAAUUUGACACUUUAUAUUAGUGGAAAUUAAAUUGGUGAUGAAAGUGAAUCAAGCUUAGGCUCUGGUUUAGAAAAGUUCACUAAUCUCUCAAAUUUAACACUUGAUUUAAGUGGAAAUUAAAUUGGUGAUGAAAGUGCUUCAAGCUUAGGUUUUGGUUUAGAAAAGUGUACUAAUCUCUCAAGUUUGACACUUGAUCUUUAUGCAAAUUAAAUUGGUUCAAAUGGUGCAUAAGGUUUAGGCUCUGGUUUAGGAAAAUGCACUAAUCUCUCAAAUUUGACAAUUAUUCUUUAGUAAAAUUAAAUUGGUGGUAAAGGUGCAUCAGGCUUAGGUUCUGGUUUAGAAAAAUGCACUAAUCUCUAAAAUUUGACACUAGAUCUAAGUCGAAAUUAAAUUGAUGCAAUUGGUGCAUCAGACUUAGGUUGCGGUUUAGGAAAGUGCACUAAUCUCUCAAAUUUGACUCUUUAUCUUUAAUAUAAUUUGAUUAGUCAUGAAGGUGCAUUAGGCUUAGGUUCUGGUUUAGGAAAGUGCACUAAUCUCACAAAUUUGACACUAAAUCUUUUUGGAAAUUAAAUUGGUGCAAUUGGUGCAUCAGGCUUAGGUUCUGGUUUAGGAAAUAGCAUUAAUCUCUCAAAUUUAACACUUGAAUUAAGUGGAAAUUAAAUUGGUGAUGAAGGUCCAUCAGGCUUAGGUUGUGGUUUAGGAAAGUGUACUAAUCUCUCAAAUUUGAAACUUAAACUAAGUUUCAAUAAAAUUGGCAAUGGAGGUUUAUCAAGCUUAGUUUUAGGUUUAGGAAAUUGCACUAAUCUCUAAAAUUUCACACUUGAUCUUUAUGGAAAUUAAAUUUAUGCAAUUGGUGUAGCAGACUUUGGUUCUCGUUUAUAAAAUUGCACUAAUCUCUCAAAUUUAACACUUUAACUAAGUGGUAAUUAAGUUGGGGACAAAGGUGCAUCAAGUUUAGGCUCUGGUUUAGGAAAGUGCCCUAAUCUCUAGAAUUUGACACUUCAACUAAUGUUGAAUAAAAUUGGUCCAAUAGGUGCAUUAGACUUAGGUUCUGGUUUAGGAUAGUCCACAAAUCUCUCAAAUUUGACACUUGAUCUAAGGAUUCGAACCCCCGAUAUCACUGCUAAGACCCUCCGACUCGCCCACUCGAGCCGCUUAGCCCUUCUUUAAAUUGAUGCAAUUGGUGCAACAGGAUUAGGUUCUGGUUUAAAAAAGUGCACUAAUCUCUCAAAUUUGAUGCUUAGAUUAUGUAGCAAUUAAAUCGGCGAUUAAAGUGCAUCAGGCUUAGGUUUUGGUUUAGGAGAGUGCACUAAUCUCUCUAACUUGACACUUGAUCUUUAGGAAAAUUAAAUUAGUGAAAUUGGUGUAUCAGGCUUUGGUUCUCAUUUAUAAAAGUGCAUUAAUCUCUUGAAUUUGACACUUCUACUAAAGUAAAAUAUUUGUUUUGGUUAAUGA